UUUGAGAAUCUGCCUGGCAGCUGCUGCUUAUUUUCAAAGUGCUUUCUCCGGAAUGGGCAACUGCUGCUCCGACGACCCCGGCGGCCGCACGGCCGUCGGUGGCACCGCCCCUUCCCUCGGUAAUCCCAACGACGCUCACAACGACGCCGUCGAUCACCUCCUCAAGUCCCGCGGCUACCACGGCCUCUUCUCUCAGAUCGAGUUGUCCUUGGCUGCUAUAGAUUUGCGUGAUCGCGAUGUGCUGUCAAAGAGUGAUCCCAUGGUGGUAGUCUAUACAAAAGGAAGAGAUGGAGGACUUGUAGAACUUGGCCGCACUGAAGUUGUUCUGAAUUCAUUGAAUCCGAAAUGGAUCACAAAGCAUAAUGUUACAUAUCAUUUUGAGGUCGUACAGACAUUGGUGUUUCGCAUAUAUGACAUUGAUACUCAGUUUCACAAUGUGGAAGUGAAGAUGCUUAAGCUAGAUGAACAACAGUUUCUUGGCGAGGCCACUUGUGCAUUGUCUGAGAUAGUUGCAAAAUCAGACAGAUUAUUAACCCUGGAUCUUGUAUAUAGAGAGGAAUCAAGCAGAUCAAACCAUAAUCGAAACCGUGGAAAGCUCAUUGUACAUGCUGAGGAGUCUGUUAGCUCAAAGACAACAAUAGAGAUGAGUCUGAGGUGUUUAGAUUUGGAAUACAAGGAUAUGUUCUCUAAAAGUGACCCUUUUUUAGUGAUAUCAAAAGUUGUCGAGAGUGGGAUCACAAUUCCAGUUUGCAAGACACAAGUCAUAAAGAAUGAACUUAAACCUGCAUGGAAGCCAAUAUAUUUGAAUAUUCAACAAGUUGGAAGCAAGGACAGCCCCUUGAUAAUAGAGUGUUUUAACUUCAACAACAAUGGCAAACAUGAUUUGAUUGGAAAAACUCAAAAAUCACUGGCCGACCUCGAAAAGCUUCAUACUAGUGGACAAGGAGAAACUUUAUUUAUACCCAGUGCUGCUGGGCAUGAUCACCACAAGACAUUGAAGAGCCAGCUAGUUGUGGACAAGUUUACUGAGAGUGUCCAACACACAUUCCUUGAUUACUUGGCUGGGGGCUGUGAAUUAAAUUUCAUGGUGGCUGUUGACUUUACAGCUUCAAAUGGGAACCCUCGUCUUCCCGAUUCUUUGCAUUAUAUCGAUCCUUCAGGAAGAACCAAUGCAUACCAGAGAGCAAUCAUUGAGGUUGUGGAGGUGUUGCAGUUUUAUGAUUCAGACAAGCGCUUUCCAGCCUGGGGAUUUGGAGCCCGACCAAUUGAUGGUCCAGUGUCUCAUUGUUUCAACUUGAAUGGAAGUAGUCAUCACUGUGAGGUUGAAGGAAUCCAAGGAAUUAUGGUGGCAUAUGCAAGUGCCCUCCAAAAUGUUUCUCUUGCUGGACCAACUCUUUUUGGACCUAUAAUUACUAAUGCUGCAUCAAUUGCCAGCCAGUCUCUUGUGAAUGGUGGACAAAAAUACUUUGUUUUGUUGAUAAUCACGGAUGGAGUAGUGACAGAUCUCCAAGAAACCAAAGAUGCCCUUGUGAAAGCAUCUGACCUGCCAUUGUCAAUCCUCAUUGUUGGAGUAGGAGGAGCAGACUUCAAAGAAAUGGAGAUUUUGGAUGCUGACAAGGGUGAAAGGCUUGAAAGUACAACUGGACGUGUUGCUUCACGUGAUAUAGUGCAGUUUGUUCCGUUCCGAGAUGUACAAAGUGGAGAAAUUUCCGUUGUUCAGGCGCUUUUAGCGGAGCUACCAUCUCAGUUUCUGACUUACAUGCGAUCUAGAAAUAUUAAACCAAAUUUGUGAACAUGUAAACAACUGUACAUAUGAAAAUUAUCGAGUUCUACUCUGGAUUGUCAUGCAGUAUGAGCCUGAAGGUUUUCAUUUACUAUUCCUUUUUGGUUGCUGCACUCAAGGUAAUCCUAGUGUCCAUCAUCACAAAGAACAAUUUUAUGUCGGAGUUGGUAAUGAUGCCUGCAGCCGCACAGUCCUGGUAGUAUAUGGAGACAGCCAACUUGAAGUGCACAUAAUUUUUCUUCACCAGGCUUUUGGUUCUGCGACUGGAGGCGCUCAAUGUGAACGGAAGGUUGUUCGCUGCAGUGAGAACACAUUUCUUUCGUAUCAACAAUUGGAGAAAGAUGUGAAGAAUAUUACUUUUCAGAAUAGAAAUACAAGGUUUUUCGUAUGAAGAUUGUAGUUCUGUAAAGUGUUCAAAUAUUACAUAUAUCCUUUUUCCUGGUCUUUUUCUUUC